AUGCGUCAUGUUGAGAAAGAGAUUGAAGAAGAUGUAGAGGAACCCACCAUCAAAUCUGUGUCCAUUCAAACAGAAUUAACAAGUGGGAAGAUUGAUGAAAUGGAGCAAGAAAUCACUAGUCUGCGACAAGAGAAGGACAACCUUCAGAAAGAAGUGGCAGAAAAAUCGUUCGAUAUAGAGUCAUUUAAGGAUAACGAUAAGACGAAACCCUCUGGUCUUAAAGCUAAAGCUCAAACAUGGUCAUCAUACAAGCACCAUAAUACAGUCAAGUUUUUAAUUGGGAUAACACCACAGGGAGUAGUUUCGUUUUUGUCUAAGGCUUGGGGAGGGAGGGCUAAUGACAAGUGUAUCACUGAAAAUAGUGGUUUCCUAGGUCAUUUAUUACCAGGUAAUCUUGUUCUAGCAGAUCGUGGUUUCAAUAUUUUUGAAAGUGUUGGUUCACAACAUGCACAACUUAAUAUACCUGCUUUUACCAAAGGAAAGGCUCAGUUGUCAGCUGUAGAUAUAGAGACUACUAGAAAAAUAGCUCAGACUGUAAUACGAUAA